AUGGAGCGCCACCGCGCCCUGGUGCAGAAGAUCUCGUCCACGGUCAGGGCCUUCUACAACGCAAAGGAGCCCUACCGCAUCUUCCACGGCAGCACAAACAGCACCCGCCCGCAGCCCCACGGCGCCCGCGCCCGCGUCGUCGACAUCUCGGCCCUGCGCGACGUCCUCUCCGUCGACGAGGCCCGCCGCACCGCCCUCGUCGAGCCAAACGUCCCCAUGGACAGGCUCGUCGAGCACACCCUGCGCCACGGCCUCGUGCCCCCCGUCGUCAUGGAGUUCCCGGGGAUCACGGCCGGCGGCGGCUUCGCGGGCACCGCCGGCGAGUCCUCGAGCUUCCGCCACGGCUUCUUCGACGACACCGUCGCCUCCGUCGAGCUCGUCCUGCCCGACGGCGAGGUCGUCAGCGCCGCGAACCCCAACACGCCCGCCGGCGCCGCCGGGCCGCACGCCGACCUCUUCCGCGGCGCCGCGGGGGCCGUCGGCACCCUCGGCGUGACGACGCUGCUGGAGCUGAACCUGGUGCGGGCCAAGAGGUUCGUGCGCACGCGGUACCGCCGCACCCGCAGCGUCGCCGAGGCCGUCGCCGCCGUGAGGGAGGAGGCCGCCCGCGCCGAGAACGACUACGUCGACGGCAUCCUCUUCUCCAAGGACCACGGCGUCGUCAUCACCGGCCAGAUGACCGACGAGAAGCCCGCCGCCGCGCCCGUGCAGACCUUCAGCCGCGCCGGCGACCCCUGGUUCUACAUGCACGUGCAGGCCCAGACAGCAGCCGAGGGCAGCACCACCCAGGACGACUACAUCCCGCUGGCAGAGUACCUCUUCCGCUACGACCGCGCCGGGUUCUGGGUCGGCCGCGCCGGCUGGACCUACUUCAAGCUGGUGCCCUUCAACAGGCUGACCCGCUGGUUCCUCGACGACUUCAUGCACACGCGCAUGCUGUACCGCGCCCUGCACGGCUCCGGCGAGAGCGCCCGCUUCGUCGUCCAGGACAUCGCCGUCCCCUUCGCCACCGCCCCGGACCUGGUCGACUACACCGAGAGGGAGCUCGGCAUCUGGCCCCUGUGGCUGUGCCCCCUGAAGCGCCGGGCCCCGCCGACCUUCCACCCCUUCACCACGACGCCGCCCGGGAGGCAGCAGCAGCAGGACGGCAGCAAGGGGGAGGACGACAUGAUGCUCAACAUCGGCGUCUGGGGCUGGGGCCCCUCGGACCGCGCCGAGUUCGUCAAGGCCAACAAGGCCCUCGAGGACAAGGUCCGCGAGCUGGGCGGCAUGAAGUGGCUGUACGCCCAUACCUACUACGACGAGCCUGACUUUUGGGAAAUGUACGGCGGCAGGGGCUGGUACGACUCCCUGCGCGCCAAGUACAAGGCCGACGAGGCCGGGCUCCCCAGCGUCUACGACAAGGUCAAGGUGGACGUCGGCAAGACCAAGGCCGCGGGCCGAGGGCUCAAGGGGGUCUGGCCCUUUGGGGGCAUCUAUGGCAUCUACAAGAGUAUCAAGAGCCGUGAUUACAAGCUGCACAGGAAUGCUGGUUGGAAGUGGAAGGGGGACGACUAA